AUGCAGUUGAAGGUCGUGAAGGCAGCUGCAGCUGCAGCGCGGGCCCAGUUCAAGAGCGUGCCCGCACAUGCUCCCCAGGAGCACCGGCGCAACACCAGCUCCUCCGUACAGGACGAGCAAACCAUCCCGCAGCGCCGCAGCACCGCCCCCGGAUCCCCCUUCCAACGCACAACCAACACCACAACCGCUGCCACAACUAACACAUCUGCAACCACAACCAACAACAACACCGAUCCUAGAGCCAGCACUAGAGAACCGGUUGGACCUUUACAAAGCAGAUCGGUGACCGGCGGCGGCGGCGGCGGCGGCGGCGGGUUUCACCGCUGCCGCGGAGAUCCCCACGGCGGCGCUUUGCGCCGUUUCCGGGAGCAGACGUACGACGUGUUUCGUCCGCAGACAACCCUUCCUGGAGCCUUGGCGGUCCUAGGGGUGUUAUUUGCCCUGGGCCUGGGGCUCGGGGUUCCGUUGCUGGUAGCGUCGCUGCGGGUUGUGGAAGUACGAGCACGCCCAAUACACCGCAGACUGGAUCCACAGGCGACAUUGUGGGCAUCUGGCGACGCGGGUGUACGGCAAAUCCUGACGCUCACCAUACCACGCACAAUGCGGCCGCCCAUCUACAUGCUGUACGAGAUUGAAGGACUGUACGGCACGCAUAAGCGUUAUAUUCGCAGCAUCAACUGGGAGCAGCUAUCGGGGCAGCAGAUGCCAGCCAGCUCUCUGGAGAUAGCCACCUCCCUUUUCAACGACACGUUCACACUGGAAGCCGACUCGGCCACCUGCGGGAAGGCUGCUACUGCCGCAACAGAUACCGCAGCGCGCGCAACUGGCAGUAGCAGCGGUGCCAGCGGAACGACGGUAUUUGCACCACUAGCACUGGAUGAGCAUGGCAUCUUGUGGCCAUUGGUGGCUCGGAACCUGUACGGCAUGUACAACGCCACGAACCUGAACAGUGUGCCUGCCUUCCGUACUGGCGGGUCGUUGAAUCAGCCGGUGGGGAUGGCGGGGCAUUUCCAAGUGUGGAUGCAGGCGAGCGCCAGGCCUACUGCGGCCAAGUUGUACGGCACAUUGAACGAGCAACUGCCUGCUGGCUGUGUGCUGCGGCUCCACGUGGCCAACCGCUACAACUCGUAUGGCUGGGGCGGUGCCAAAAAUGUCGUACUCACCACGCAGUCGUGGUACGGCAUGCGCAAUUUAGUGCUACCGUGCGUGCUUCUGGCUGUGGCGGCGGGUGCUCUGGGGGGGGCGGCUUUGCUGCUGGGUUUGGGCACGUGUCUUAAACGGAAUGGGUAG